UCAAGUUAAUCUUUUGAAACAGAAUAUAUUCUUGUCUUGGAGUAUUAGAGAAAUUGCUUCCACAGUAAUAACUUGGAAAGUCACCAUGAUGCUAUUUACUACUGUUUUAAUAUUUGACUGUGAGCCAACUCACCUACCUACCCAGUUGGUUCCAUUUGCCUUUUUGGGUCGUUAUAUGCCCUGCAAUUCUUUCCAUUUGAAAUCCCCAGAAGUUCUUCAGCAUACGAUCACGUUCAGAAAUCAAGAAAGUUACAACACUACAAAGUCAUGGAAAUACCCACCUCAACAGCACGGGAGGCUGAAAAGAGGCGUCCAUCCUUUCAUAUAUUACCCGCAACGUUGGCAGAUAUAACAGACAUGAUAGAAAUCGCCAUCGCAACAACGGAAUAUGAGAUCGUUAUUAGGUUCAUGUUCAGCACUUACCACGACGAAUCAAUACCUUUACAGCGCGAAUUCUGGAGGACGAUAUUUUCCAGAGCAUUUCAAAGAGAGACCACGCAUAUUAUGAAAGCUACAUUAGAUAGCACGGGAGAAACAGUGGCUUUUGGAAUAGUUGGGUGGGCAGACGGAAAGUGGGAUGCGCCUGAGAUGCCACCACGAAAGACACACCCAGGUCCCGGAGUGCGAUUCAUUGACUUUUAUGCUGAGGAAGAAGGCCGAAAUUAUCGACGGUUAAUGGCUGGACAUGCACAUUACAGUAAGAAUCUUCUAUUCCCGUCUAGCGAGUUUAUGUUGAUGAAUAUGUGUUAGUUUGGAACAGUUUAUAUGUCUUGCCCAAGUACCAACGCAUGGGAUUUGGGUGCAAUCCUCCGCUGGGGUUUCCACACCUACGGACUUGAAAAGAAAACGGUAUUCGUCCAAACCUUCAUGGGUGCUCGAGGGGUUUAUGCGAAGUAUGGAUGGCAAGAAGUAGAUGCUACGGAAAUCGAUCUUGCUGAAUGGGCAGGCAGUGGGAUGGGAUUUGGUUUGCAUCGGUCGCCGCAGAUGAUUAGGAAGCCCAUGCCUUUCGAAUGA